AUGUCUCGUUCAUCCGGUGCUCUUAACACCGUCGCGCUCUUCGGAGCGACCGGCAUGCUCGGAAGCGCAUUCCUCGACGCGUUUCUGGAGGAUGUCGUCGAAGGUUACAAGCCCAAGGUGCUGGCCUUCAUGCGCCCCGGCAAGGAUCUCAGCGAGAAGUACAAGCAGCACCCGCAAGUGCAGGUCGUACGGUGCGAUUAUCCCAAAGGGGGAUACGACCUCGUAGAGAAGUUGCGCGGCGUGGAUGCGCUAGUCAGUGUGCUCAAUGUAGGCGGAUACAAGUCGCACUAUCCUCUUCUCGACGCAGCGAUAAAGGCUGGUGUCAAGCGUUUCUACCCCUCAGAGUAUGGUCACCACCAGCAUUACCGCGCGCCGGGUGACCCAGGGGCUCGUAUCCUUCCCCUGUGGAAUGAGAAGGAGUGCUUCAUAGAGCACCUCAAGCUGCAUCCCGACGUGCUCGCUGGCAAGAUUGAAUAUACACUCAUCGGCGCGGGUGACAUAUGGGAUCAGCCGAGCGAGCCGUUCUGGUGCCCCUGGGACCAAGACCUCGACACGUACGACUUCCCUGUGGUCGGCGACGGCGACGCCCUCGCCGACUGGUCGUCCCGCAAGGACGUCGCGCGCUACGUCGUCGCGACACUCGCCAAGCCCGCCAUCUCCGCCAACGCCGUCCUCAACUUCCCGAGCGAGACCAUCUCGCAGAACGCCAUGGUUGAGCUCCUGCGCAAGUACGCGGGCGCGAAGGGCCGCACGGUCACCGUGCGCUACUUCUCGGCGGAUGAUGCGCAUAGGUUUGCUGCGGACGCGAGCGCGGCGCCGCCGGAGAUCGCGAAAAGCACCAAUAUCCCGGUCGAUUUUUAUUUCGUGGUGAAGUACCUACAGGGCUCGGGGACGUUCCGACGCACGCCGUGGGAGUGCCACUGGGACCUGUUCCCGGAGGUAAAGAGGACGACGUUUGAGGACUACUUGAAAGAGAGGUUUGGGCAGUAA